AUGAACAUCAAUUUGGGAUUGGGAAUCGCAAAAUCUAGCAAGGGUACGAUUUCUACUGGGUUGAAUAAGCGUGGAGGCAGUGGUACCAAAGGAAACGUGUUUGACAACGACACCGAUGAGGAGGUGGACGACCCGGUUUCGCAGUCCGAUAUUGAUAGUCGUCCCGCGACCUCUUCACGAAAUGCAGUCAAUCAAGCCUUGCGCAAGGAGCAAGAAGUUUUACGCAAACGUGCCCAAAGCGCGAUGGCUGAGGCCGACGCUGCAACCUAUGAUUACGACGCGGUAUACGACAGUCUACAUCCCUCCUUCACAGCCAAGGCAAACAUGGAUGCCCCGGCCAACAACAAGAAAUCACGAUACAUUCAGGAUAUGUUGCAAACUGCACAAGUACGAGCGCAGGAACGUGAUAUCAUCAAGGAACGUCAGAUCGCCAAAGAACAAGCCGCGGAAGAAGAAGCCAACAUCGAAUUUCGUGGUAAAGAUAAAUUUGUCACGUCGGCAUAUCGAAGGGAACUCCAAUCACGUAAAGAUUGGCAAGUCAGUCAGUUAAAGGAAGAAGAGAAAGAAGCCGCUAAUGAUGUGACCAAACGGGAGCAUGGAAUGGCAAACUUUUAUGGAAAUUUUGCCCGCAAUGUAGCUGUUGGCGGCAGCACAGCACCAGAAAGUGUAGAAAGUGAUUUGCCAGACACUCGAAGCGAAAAAACAACGAAUGUCGCGGGCGAGUCUGCUUCGAAGUUGAAUUUCAUGGACGGCUUCGAAUGUCCCGCCGACGAUGCUAAAAGCGGCAAAUCCGAUUCUACUGGCAAGGAUGUCGAUUCAUAUCGCGAAGCAGGACAACCAUCUGAACAAGCGACACUCUCGAGGCGCGAGCAACGAGAGCGAAAAGUUUCUGAAGCCAGGACACGCUACUUUCAACGCAAAGGUAUAUCCGCCGUGUAG